AUGGCGCCCCCUACACCCCUCGCCAUUGCAACGCAGGCUGUCAACCGCCUGGUCAAGGAGGAGGCAUACUAUCACAAGGAGCAAGCCAACCAGGAGAGGCGCAUCAAGAAGCUCGAGGAGGACAUCGAGACCAACAGCAGCGACCUAGACAGCAACGCCGGAUACAUCCUCAAGCAGGAGAAAACCGCCUUGGAGGAGACCAAGGCAGUGUUUGAACCCCUGAGGAAGCGCAUCGUGGACGCGGUGCAGAAGCUCGAGGAGCAGGUCGCCAUCUCGGAGAGUGAUGGGACGGGAUCGGAGGAGGAUCUGAAGAAGGCCAAGGAGGCGCUUGAGGCGGGACAGAAAGUUACGAAGGAAGAAGAGGAGCAGGAGAUAUGA